AUGAAACAGUUAAAUAAAGUUAUUGAGGCUUUACAUACUUCUCGCUAUUUAAGUGCCUCUAUUGAUGUUAAUGGAUCCAUAAACAAUUGCACGUUGCUAUUAAAUGGAAUCAAAUAUAGUGAACAACUUUUAAAGCAUUGGCGUAGACAACAUUCAUUAGAUAAGGAAGUACCCAACAAUUUCGUGGAUGUCGAUGGAGUUGAUACCUCAUUUGACAUUAUAAAUAGACACAAUUUUAUAUUUUCGAAACAAUUUAUUGAUGGCGUUAAGCAUUUAUGUAGUAAAUUUCCAACUCAGCCAUAUCCGGCAAUUUUAAAAACGGUGCAAAAUGUACAUGUACAUUCAAAUCAGGGAGCUGCAAAUGAUUUUAGUGUUUCUACCACCAAAAACCGUACAUACUUGAUCACAGAUUACCUAACUCAUCCGGCCAAAGGUUUUAGCGAUUUCUUUAAUUCUCAACGUGAAUGCAAAAUCUGGUGGAUGCGAUUUAGUACAGAUCCUAGCAAAUACUAUUUAGAUCCAUAUAAAUUUAAUAACAUUUCGGAAUCUACAUUUCCUCCUGGCACCCAAUCGAUUACAAUUAAAUCAAAAUUACCAUAUGUAACCCUGGAUGUCGAGUCAUUAACAUUUGUUCCUCUAUUGAAACAUCAUCUGGACGAAAGCUUAAUUGAUCUUUUUUCGAAUAAUAAGAAUUGUCAAGAUAAAAUACCCGCAGUUAUACGUUCAGUUAUAGAUCUGCAGGCAGCAACAAGUGCCGUUCUGAUUGAUAGCGUGGAUAACGAGCGUGAAUCCUCCUUGUUACUUAAUAGAAAAUUAGCGCCUUAUCAAUGUGUCGUAGCUUGCUAUCAUCAAGGCAAAAAAUCGAAAGACUUGGAAGAUCUGUGUUUACACAUAAAUUACGUGCUAUCUCGGUCCGGUUUACGUUUAAUGAAAGAAAAUACGAUUUUUACGGAAUCUUUGGACAAAUUAGAUGAGCAACUCUAUAAAUAUGACAGUCUUGGAAUACCAUAUGCACUGAUCAUCAACGAAAAUACGCUUCAGAAUGGUUUACUAAAGCUACGUAGUCGUGAUACCACGCUAGAGGAAACGAUACAUAUUAGCGAUUUGCCAGACUAUUUAUUACAAAUAUUUUCAAAUUAAAUUAAUAAUAAAACAAGUUACAAAUAUAUACCAAAUAAAUAAAUAAAAUUAAUUGAAAUCA